UCCAUCCAAUCCCCAAUCCAUUUUCAUUUGGUCUGAUUCUAAAUAAAAACAACUGUUUAGUAAAUACCUCAACCAAGAUUUCAAGUGUUUUUCUCUUAAUGUAUCAUCAGAAUUUAGGUUCUACAUAUAACUAAUUUCGUCAUGCCUAUUUAAUACUUACACAUUGGCUUUCCUUCGCACAAUUCGCAAGGUUAACUUCUCCGUAAAUGGAAUGGAACUUUGAAAACUACAACUAAUCAUGGAUUCAAUCAGAAGAUCAUGGAAACUACAGGAAUUCGUCGCCCACAAGGCGAAUGUCAACUGUUUGGCCAUGGGACACAAAUCCAAUCAAGUCCUAGCCACUGGAGGCGAUGACAAAAAAGUUAAUCUAUGGGCCAUUGGCAGGCAAAGCUGUUUGAUGAGUUUGAGUGGGCAUACAACACCAGUAGAGUGUGUGUGUUUCGGUCACUCCGAAGAUUUGGUCUGUGCUGGCUCGCAGACUGGAGCUCUGAAAAUAUGGGACUUGGAGGCAGCAAAACUACUCAGAACAUUUACUGGACACAAAGGAGCUAUCAAGUGUAUGGAUUUCCAUCCAUACGGGGAUUAUUUAACUACGGGAUCUUGUGACAAUAAUAUCAAACUGUGGGACACAAGGAAAAGAGGCUGUAUUGUGACAUAUUCCAGUCACAGACUUGCUGUAAACAGUUUGCAGUUUAGCCCAGAUGGACAAUGGAUUGCCUCAGCAUGUGAAGAUGGUAUUGUCAAAGUGUGGGAUGUAAGAGUGGGCAAGGUUCUGCAGGAAUUUAGAGAGCACACAGCAGCGGUGACUUGUGUAAAGUUUCACCCCCAUGAGUUCCUCCUGGCUAGCUGCGGUAUAGACAGGACUGUCAACUUCUGGGACAUGGAGAAAUUUCAAUUGGUAUCUAAGUUUGAAAAGGAGAACACUUCUAUUAGGUGUAUGGUGUUCAGCGAGGAUGGGACAACUCUUCUGGGGUGUGGUAAUGACGGUCUGCAUGUGAUUGGCUGGGAGCCAGCUCGAGUAUUUGACACUGUACAUGGCCACUGGGGCCAAAUACAUGACAUCACAGUUGCACAUACACAACUUAUUGCUGGAUCAUUCCAUUCAACAUAUGUGUGUUUGUCAGUGGUUGAUCUCAGUAAGGUCCAUCCAUUUGGAGGCUUGCCGCCAGUGACAUCACCUGUGGUACAAGAUUUGUCGCCCUUCCAAAAAGGACAGUCUGUCAGGAAAAGUUUCUCAAAGGAAAAACCAUCUAAAGAAGUGAUCCAUAAGUCAACGCCCCUGGAUGAGAAGACCGCGGAGGAGUCCACGUCCGGCACCGAGGCGGACGAGGAUGGCGCGGUCAUAUCCAACAUUCAUGACUACACAGAAAUCUUUCGGCCUUCCAGGGCAUUGAAUCGUACGCCACCACCAGCAACUAGUUUAUCCUCUGAAGACUACUCAUUGCCAGCCUCGGAGAGCAUGGGCGCGGGCGGCGCGGUCGGCGCGACGCUGAGCACGUCCCUGCGCGACCUGCUGCUGGACGAGCCGCCGCGCCCCGCGCCGCUGCCGUCGCCGCCGCAGCGACACCGCGCCGACUACUCGCGCAUACCCACCUCCACUACCGUCAAAGCGGACCCCUUCUCAAGGCCGGUGGAGAACAACGCUAAAGAGGAUAACACAUUCAUUGCGCCGCCAAAGCCUGCUUCCCGGGACUAUGUCAUGCCUCAGCCUCACGCCGCCAACUCGCUUAACCGACAUAACUCAUGUAAAGAAUCUAAAUCUACCGACAUGACAACUGGGAACCUAUUAAGGUCCAGCAAUAGUGAAAUGUCAUUAGUUGCACCGUCACUAGGACCACGGUCUCUUUCAUUUACCAGGACGUCUUCAGAAACAACAAGGCGACGAGUAGAUAAUAUAGUGAGGGAGACCGUGGUCGUGUCUCGGCCUACAGAUACGGAUGAGCCAGAGUUUGUGCCCUUCGCCACAGACAGACCCGUCGGGUUGGACCUUGACGAAUUUUUACCAAGAGCGCUGACGGUUGGCGGCGCGCGGCGCGGCGUGCGCGGCGGACCCGAGCCCAGCGAGCAGGAGGUGCUGGGCGUCAUGAUGCGCGGACACGACUCCAUGAUGGCCGUGCUCAGCGCCAGGCAGCGGGCGCUACAGAUAUUCCAUUCAGUUCGAGUCAACAAAAAUUUGAAAAUUGCCUUAGAAUCAGUAAUCGCUUUGGAGGAUACAUCAGUAAUUUUAGACAUUUUGAACGUCAUGGCGCAUAAACCGUCACUCUGGAAUUUAGACAUUUGCCUUUUAAUGCUUCCUAAAAUAUACGAAUUGCUGCAGAGCAAAUAUGAAUCGUACAUGCAAUGCGGCUGCAACGCCCUCCGACUGAUCGUGCGGAACUUCUCGUCGGUGGUGCGCGCCAACGUGUCGGCGCCGGUGCGCACGCUGGGCGUGGACAUCCCGCGCGAGGAGCGCUACGCCAAGUGCGCGCAGAUCCACCGCCUGCUGCUCGACGUGCGCGCCUUCCUGCUCAAGCGGCAGACGCUGCAGGGCCGGCUCGGCGCCGCCUUCCGCGACCUCCACACGCUCAUGCAGCAGGGGCUCGACUGACCGCCGCAAUCGCGACCAGGUUAUUAUAUUACAUACCACAGACGAGAGCUAUAUAGUACACGUAUACGGUUGAACAUAAUACUGUUUACAAACGGCCGCACCGGACCGAGACCUUGGCGCACGUUCGAUCGUGUGUAAGGUGAACCGCGGUACGUCCGUGAAGGACGCAGAAGUGAGAGCGAAAAAGAGAUAUUUUGACCGCACCAAGGUCGAGGUCCGGUACGCCGUCGCCCGUGUGUAAUAUAACGGCUUUAACAUGGAACGUAACUUUACUAUACUAGUCUUCUUAUGUCUAUACAUACAAUAAUGCAUUUUUAAUUAAGUAUUAAAUUGCAGUAUUUUGUAAAUCUUUCCGAAAAAUUUAUGCGAUCAAACAUUUUUUACGAUACUUACUGCCUUUUUGGUUUCCUGACUGGCAAAUAGACCUAAAUAUGUAUCAUUGUUUUUAUUUAAGAAGCCUAUAAAUAUGUAUAAUUUUAUAGAGAGAAUUCGUCGUACCUUCAUUGAAAUUAAAAAGUAUUAAAUUUGUCAUCAUUAAGCCCCAACCCAAGAAUUUAAAUUAAAACGGGCAUAAUUUUAGUCUAACUCAAAUUGUUUCUUAAAUUCCGUCUUUCUUUAGUUACAACGCCUAGGUAUUUAGUAUGAUAUUAUAAUUUAACAAAUUGCUCUUUAUUCUUUUUACUAUUAGUGGGUUGUUUUUAAAACGAACUCCAUUAUGAUUAUAAUAUGUAACAUUAACUAUGACCAUGACUAAAAAAACUCCUGAAUUUGUGCUGUCCUUAGAUCCAGAGACAGAGUAUAUUUUACAAAAUUUUAUAGGUAGUACUUACUUACGUACAUUGAAUUGUGUAAGGUUAUCUUUUAUUUAAACCUUGUCAGCUAAAUGUAAAAUAUGCCUUAGUCUGAUGGAUUAAUUUCAGUGAUUUUGAUGCUACCGUAUCAGGUUCCAGCUCAUUAGGAAUGACUCAAGGAUUAAUUAAUAGAUUGCCAAAGAAAAGUAAGCAGGGCCGGAUUUAGAGGUGUGGAGGCCCCCGGGCUGCAAAGGAGUGGAGGCCCCUUGGCCCCAAAUUAUUAUUCCUAUACUUUCCUAAGUCUAUUGUGGGGGCCCCUCUUUUGUGGAGGACCCUCUUUUGUGGAGGCCCGGUUGCCCUCCCCUAAAUCCAGCCCUAAAAGUAAGUCACCUUUUGGACCAAAAAUUGUUUGAUAUGAAAGACAUUACAGUGGUUGUUUAGUGUUGAUAAACCAAUUUGGAUUUUUUUUCUGAACUGGUUUGGUUUACAUCGGUGCUAGACAAACCAAGCAGUAGAGCCCAGCACCAACUAGGGGUUGUAUGGGUCUUGACAUGGAGGAAGAGGAAAAUGGAUAUGCGUGUUGAUUUAAUCCUUUUCCAGGCCAAAAAAUGCAAAUAUAUUCAAACCUUUGUUUCAUUUGAAGGCAAGUCACAUUUCCCGAAAGUCCAAUCUAAUUUGAGCCUAAAAUCAGAAGUGUGAUCGGAAUGCUAAAGCUUUUUUUAUUAUUAUUUGAAAUUCUAUUGGCGCGUUUGUGGUUGUUAAAUUGUACUAUGCCUGGAAAAGGGUUAAGGCUUUUACUUGUUAUACUGGUGGCUCUAGGCCUCCAGGUCCUUUGCUGACAUGGAAAAGAUACGGUGAACUGCCAUGCCAGAAUGUUUGUGGAAUAAUACUUUUACAUCCAUGUCCAAUUUUGUUUAGUUGAUGCAAUAGUUUAUCAUCUAAGUAUGUAGGGUAGUUGUACAGAGAAUUACACGUGCAUGUUUUAAUUUAAGUAAUUAGACAUCAACUGAUAAUUGAAUAGACUGAAUAAUCAUGUAAAAACUUAACAAAAUUAUUAUUUAACUUCCAAGAAUAAAUCAAAUGAAAUAAAUACCAUUUUCAAUAUC